AUGGGGCGGGAGCUGACGCCGCCUGCUCGACCCAGGGCCCUGCAGGCCGUGCGGGCCCGCUUGGUCCAGGCGCUUCCUGGACGCCCGGUCCUCGGACUCGGACUCCGCUCUCCGCAUUCUCCGACGCCUCUUCCGAGCUUGUGUCCUAAACCCCCCUCCGGCGCCUCCUCCGACUACCAGUUCCCGCGGUCCGCCUGCAGCGCCAAGACCUCCCCCAGAAGCCACCAGGUCAGGAUGCUGCUCCUGGCUCCUCUGAUGGUCAAGCUCAUCAAAUCCAAGGGCUCUUUCUCUGUCACCUCCUUCUCGGUUUUGUCCAAAAGGGAAGACCGGCUGCAGGACGGCUUUGACAGCUGCCUGCUCCGGGUCCUCUGGGGAGACCCCUGCACUAGUUGGGGCCUCCUGGAUGAGGAGGAUGAUCUCCCUCCUGCUCCAGCCAACGCCAGAGGCACUGUGGCCACGGGCCCUUUGGGGGGACUGGUGCAGGGGGCUGGCCCUGUACGUGCACGGGGCCUCCCAGAGGACGUGGAGCCGGCGGCCAUCCAAGUGGUCCUGCAGCCGGUCUUCCUGCCCCAGGGCACGUUCGGGCUGAGGAACGCCAGGUCCAUGAGGGUCGAGAAGGCCAAAGCCACCGUGAUGGAGUUUGUGGAGAACAUUAAUCACAGCGCCAUCCCCGGGGAUCCGGGCAGGGACGGCGUCAAGAGGGUUCUGUGCAAGGAAAGCGCGGAGGACACGAGGGUCCGGAGGCAGAUGAGACGGUCGCUGCUGGAUGAACUCCCUCCCCCCGAGGCGGCGGUGGCCAGGGUCUCUGGGGACAGGUCCACCCCUCCCGAUUCGGAGACUCAGCCUCGGGGGUCGGGGCCGGCGGUCAAGGAGGCUGACCCGGCUCCUGGUGCGGCUAGAACGUCCCGUCAUCGAGAUCGCGGAAACGGAACCAGAGGCAGCAGGUGGACACAGACGGGCAGAAGAGGGACUGUGCAGGGCGGCCAUCCACAUCGGGAAGCGGAUUCGGAAGACUCUUCUGAGGAGAGCCUGGGGCUCGCGAUCCAGGAGAUGGACCGGGAGGACUUAAGCGGGGAUGAGGGUCAUAGCAUGCUGCAGGCCUCCGAGGAGGAGUUCCUUAGGUAGUGGGCCCUCCAGAGCCAAGGAGAUGACGGGCAAGGUCCUCGUGAGUUCUUGGCCCUGGCAACGGUGAUGGACAAAGCCAAAAAAAAAGGAGAAAGAUUCCCCUUUCGGGCGGGGGUCGACUUAUCGGCCAUUCUGGCAGUGGGAGACGCGUCUGAUGAGGAGACCGAGGACAGCGACGCCUCCCAGGAGUCCCAGGAAAACGGGGAUCAAGAAAAAGAGAGGGUGGACAAUCCUGAGUUUGUGGCCCUUGUGGCUCAUACAGACCCCUCUGCCCAGGACGAGGUGUUGAAAAUGGCUUCUGGGAUGGAGUCGCUGGGCUGAAGGACAAGGAAGACAAGAGGCCCUGCUCGAGGUCUUGUCCGUCAGGGCCGAGGACACCUCCGGAACCGCGUGAAGGUGCAGGAGGCAGGCUGCCAGGUGGCCGCCGUGGUCCUGAGGAAGGCCAGCGACAACACCUGCUGGAAUGAAUGCAUCUCCCCACCAAGACUGAGCCCCAUACCCCCUUCAAGGGCAAGAAGGCUCCCCGGGGCGCUCUCGGGAGCUGGGGGGGAUGAGAGGAAGAGGGGGGGCCGAGGGCUCCUGGAGCUCGCGGCGCUCCGGGGGACCUACGACGUGGCUGAGGUGAUGGAGGAAGAAAAGGAAAAGGCCUGGGAGGGCGGGAGGUUGAAAUUGUCCAAAGGCCACCUGGGGGAGGUCUUGGCGCUGCAGGCGGACCGCGGGAACUGGUAGUCGGAGGAGGCGUCGGAGAGGGUUUAGGACACAGGCUCGGAGGAGGCGUCGGAGAAUGCGGAGAGGGAGUCCGAGUCUGAGGACCGGGAGUCUAGGAAGGCCAGGACCAAGCGGGCCCGCACGGCCUGCAGGGCCCUGGGUCGAGCAGGCGGCUCAGCUCCCGCCCCAUCCGGGAACACACAAAACCCGAGAGGAGGGGAGCGGCGGCCGAGCCUAGAGGGGCGCCCUCCCGAGACGAAAGCCCAGGAGGCGACGGCGGGAAGCAAGAGCAGGAAGGGGCGCGCGGGAGCCGGGACGCAGGCCGAGGCCGCCAGGGCUCAGCCGCCCGCGGGCUCCAAGUCGGCGCGUGGGAAGAAGACUGGUUGGGGCAGGAGGCUGCACCCCAUGUGCCGCUAG